AGAAGAAGAAGGAAAAGAAGAGAAAUGGAAGGACAAAUGGAAGUAAAGAAGAAGAGGAGGAGGAGGACAGUAAAGAGGAUAUGAGAUUAACAUGCUCGGCCAGAGGAAACCCUCCUCCAACGUUGUAUUGGACGAUGAAUGGUGAACUUAUCAAACACUCACAACAAUCUAGGAUUAAAACCAAAAAGAUCUCAAAAUACCUGCGGAAGUCGGUUCUUAAACUUGAAGGACCAAUUGACAGUUCGAUUCAUGUUCAGUGCCACGCGUACAACUCCUACGGUCACGCUUCUCGUGUUAAACUAAAGACGACUUCUACGACCCCGCGACCCCAAGAAGUUGUUCGACCAAGGUUAAGCUCACAUUCACAGUUCCGGAGUACUUCUGCAAUAUCUUCAACGAAAGGUUUAAAGAACCCCCUGUUCUCUACAGGGUGUCCUGUUGAAAACUAUUGCAUGAAUGGGGGUUCCUGCCUUUACUACUCGGAUAUCGGAGAACUAGCCUGCCAUUGUUCUCGUGGAUUUCAUGGAAGAAGAUGUGAACGGAAGUAUGUUAGCGGAAUCAUUAAAGGAGUAAAGACGACAUCUCAUAUGCCCAUCUGUAUAAAAGGGAUGGGUCAUUACCCAUGCUCUUAACUCGUAAUACUGUACAAGCUGCACAAAGCAUAGCUAAGCGCACAGUUUUGAAAAUAUAUAAAACUCGCAUUUUGAACUCUUUUGUCACAAAUUUUGAUAAAUUGUUUCAAAUUUUAAUCAAAACCAAAGAAACGUAUUUUAUUGUUAAAAAUUUACAACUUUUUGUAAUUCAUACUUGUGCAGAAUAUAUCCCAAACUUGA